CUUUUUUUCUUAAAAUAUAAAUAGACCACCUAGUUUUUGCUUCAUUUAUGCGUGAAUCCAAAUUGCAUUAAAAUAGACACCAGAAGAUAAAAUACAUGUGAAUACACAAGACCGACCUGACAAACGCACAGUUCCCUUGUUCAUCCAUCCACGCCGUGAAGUUCUCCAAUGGCGGAGCAGUCUCCCAGCUCCUCGCCGCAAGUAUAUUUGCAAUUUCUUUUCCCAACACUGCAGAUGGCUCCGGUGGAAGUGAAUCCUUGGACAAUCUGGUACUUCAAGCCCCACAGCCGAUGCGGGAGGAUUACAUACAAAAUGCGGUUAAGUUUCUGUCACACCCAAAAGUGAAGGGUUCUCCAGUAUUUCACAGGCGCUCUUUCUUGGAAAAGAAAGGCCUCACGAAGGAAGAACUUGACGAGGCCUUUCGCCGAGUCCCUGAUUCACAACCAAACAGUACAGAUGCUGCAGCUGUUGGUUCACAGCAAGCAAACAACCCAAAUGAAUCUGCUGUGGUGCAACCUUAUACAGCAGUUCAAUCACCACAAGCAGCAACUGGCUCUGUCACUGCUGGAACUAUUGUCCCACAUACAAAGGCACAGUUUAGCUGGGUCCACGGACUCCUUGGUGCAGGUCUUUUUGUUGGUUUUGGGGCUAGCACUGCCAUAACCCUCAAAAAAUUGUUCAUUCCUAGGCUAAAAUCUUGGACCCGUAGAGUCAUUGCUGAAGGAGAUGAAAGUGCGAAUGAUGAACUUAAUUCCAAGAUUCAUGAAGAAAUUAAAGAAGCUAUCAAAAUUUCUGCGUCAGCCUUUUCUGAUAUUGCUAGAACAAACGAAGAAGUGCUUGCUUCAAAAGAUGAAGAUAGGAAGAUACUUAUAAAGUUAACAGAAGCUGUUGAUUCACAAGCAAAUGUGUUAAAAUCCUUGAGCGAGACCUUAAAUCAUAUAAGGGAGAAUCGGUUUUCACAAUACAAUCUAUUGGAAGAGAAUAUUCAGCCUGCACCAUGGAACGGCCCUAUUGACAAUCAAUGGAGAGCUUCCCAGCAAACUAAUAUGUACACAACAUCUCCAAACAGUGGUUUUGACUCAGGGAGGCAUUCAUUCAUGCCAUUACCUGCAGAACCUACUUAUGGUUCAUUUUCAGGAUCCUACCCUGAGCAGCGGGUUCAGAGGCCUGGUGGGUAUGGAUUCCAGCCCCAGACGAGCAACGACAGAUCGAACCCCGGUGCACGGAGCAGCUACCACGGUGGUUCCCCGUACCACCACACCGGCAAUGCCAUUGAUUCCCCGGCAGCGGUUGCAGCGGAAUUCCAGCGCCGCUGGGUUCCCCCGCACCCUCCGGGUGUCAUCCUGCCAGAGGCUGCGGCCGCCAUUCGGCAGCCAAGGUCCAUUCCAAGGCAGCAGUCACAGUCGUCAGGCGAUGGGCGCCUGAGUACCGAUGUUCCGAGACAAUCGGAGCCAGCUGUGGGGAGGGAGCAGAUGAACGGUGCCUCCGAAUCCCCCGGUGGAGGGUUGCCAAGUGAUGGCAGUACCAUGGCAACCAACGCAGGCAGCAAUGGGAAUGAAGGGCAGGAGCUGGAAUCCGCUUGAGUGAAUUUUUGGACGCACUUCCGUUCUUGAGUGGUGCCUUUAUUGUUUUUGCUGAACCUGUACGUGUCUAGCGUAUACAUAUGGUAGUUUUUUUUUUUUUUUGGUCGUCUCGUGCAUGAAGUGCAACUAUAUGCACAUUCCCCGCUAAGAUCUUGGCGAAACAUUUGGCCAAACGUUGGCAAGGAAAUGCAUACUACGAUAUCUGUGACAAA